AUGGCACACGAUGAAAAUGAAGCAAGUGGAAUGAUAAAGGACAUGAUCCAGUCGCAGGAAGUGCGCCCAAAGCACAUUAUAUUUAUAGAAGACGGCGGGGUGAAGCUGGUCGAAAUAGUGUCAAUAGCAAAGUCCAAGCCCGGAAAGCACGGAUCCGCCAAGUUCUGCUUCCAGGGAAUAAACUUAGUGACGGGAAAGCACUACCAGUUCACAGAGGGGUCGAAGACCAACCUCACAAUUUGCACGCUCGUAAAGAUUCCCUGCGAGUUUGUCGACAUAAACGAAACAGACCAGUCUCUUGUCGUGCUCAACGAGGAGUCCGCUGAAAUAAUAACAGUCUCUCUCGACAGAAUCUCCGAGGAAACUCUCGACGAGAUCAAGAAGCACCGGGAUUUGGUGGGUGCAGAUGGCGACAUCAGAUUCAAGCUUGUGGACACCCCGUACUUAGUGGUCAUCACUGAAAUAACCUCCAAGGCAUCCUAG